AUGGCUCCUCCAGUACAAUGCCAGCCAUCUGCCACAACCGUAGCUGGUCGUGGAACCAUCUGCCAGGGUGAGCUCAUCUUUAACGAAGAGUUCGGCGGCUCUGCGCUAAAAGACCUCAACAAUUGGACCCCAGAGAUCAGAUUUCCUGAACAACCGGACUAUCCUUUCAACGUGUACGUACCAGACAACACUAUAAGAUUCGAGGAUGGAUCCCUGGUCAUCACACCAGUUCUGACGGAAUCUAUGCAUCAUGAGGGAUUCCUCGUCGAGUCAUUAGAUCUUACUAACAGAUGUACUGGUCAGUUAGGCACAACAGAAUGCAGACGAGUGGCGUCUGGUGCCCAAAUUCUACCUCCAGUAACUACGGGCAAGAUCACCACACGCCAUAGGUUUGGUUUCAAGUUUGGAAGGAUAGAAGUCAGGGCCAAACUACCGGAAGGCAGUUGGCUUAUACCUGAAAUUAACUUGGAACCUACAGAACAUGUCUACGGAUCCCUUCGCUAUGAAUCAGGAUUGAUACGUAUUGCCUUCGCUCGAGGAAACCCAAGUCUUGCCAAGAAGCUGUGCGGUGGUCCCAUCCUGUCUGACUCGGAUCCCUUCAGAUCCUUGCUGAUGAAAGAAAAGAUUGGAAUCGACAACUGGAACAAGGAUUACCAUAACUACACCUUGGUUUGGAGGCCUAAUGGUCUUCAACUCUUCGUGGACGGUGAGCAGUAUGGGAACAUUGACCCUGGCGAUGGUUUCUUCUCUACCGCUCGGCAGCACGCAGUCCCUCAUGCUUCUAACUGGUUGAGAGGAACUGUAAUGGCGCCUCUUGAUGAAACGUUCUACAUAUCCCUUGGUCUUCGUGUGGGAGGUGUCCAUGAUUUUGCUGAUGAUAUUCCUGACAAACCCUGGAGGAACCGAGGCAGUAAGGCCAUGUUGGACUUCUGGAAACACAAGACAUCCUGGCACCCUUCCUGGUACAACACCAACUUGAAAGUGGACUAUGUCAAAGUUUUCGCGUUGUAG